UGACCAAGUUCACUCCUGGACACUAGUCACAAGCCAAGCCUUAGAUGCCACAUGGAGAAUAGCAAAGGGGUCCGUGAUGUUGGCAGUGUCAUUUCUGGUGGCCACUCUGUGCUACUUCAGAAGGCUGCACUUGUAUUUAGGGCACCGGCUCAAAUGGUGGAUUGGAUAUCUGCAGAGGAAAUUCAAAAGGAACCUCAGUGUGGCGGCGGAAGUUGACUUACUCAGUUAUUGUGCAAGAGAAUGGAAAGGGGAAACGCCCCGAGCCAAGCUGAUGCGGAAGGCUUAUGAGGAACUGUUCUGGCGGCGUCACGUUAAGUGUGUUCGUCGAGUAAAGAGCGAUAACUACGACGCGCUAAGGUCCGUGCUGUUUCAGAUAUUCAGCCAGGGCCUCUCUUUCCCAUCCUGGAUGAAAGAAAAAGACAUCGUGAAGCUUCCCGAAAAACUGCUCUUUUCACAAGGUUGUAAUUGGAUCCAGCAAUACAGUUUUGGUCCUGAGAGGUAUACAGGUUCAAAUGUGUUUGGAAAAUUACGUAAAUGUGUGGAAUUAUUGAAAACGCAGUGGACUCACUUCAGUGGAAUUAAGGAUUAUCACAAGAGAGGGAGUAUGUGCAACAUCCUUUUUUCUGAUGCCAGUCUGGAAUAUAAACUGUAUGAAGCUUUAAAGUUCAUCAUGCUCUAUCAAGUCACCGAAGUUUACGAACAAAUGAAGAUGAAAAAGGUCAUUCCCAGUCUUUUUAGACUCCUGUUUUCCCGGGAAACAUCAUCUGAUCCUUUGAGCUUCAUGAUGAAUCACCUAAAUUCUGUAGGCGACACAUGUGGACUAGAGCAGAUUGAUAUGUUUAUACUUGGGUACACCCUUGAAGUCAAGAUAAAAGUGUUCAGACUGUUCAAGUUUAACUCCAGGGACUUUGAAGUCUGCUACCCAGAGGACCCACUCCGGGAGUGGCCAGAGAUCUCCCUGCUGACCGAGAAUGACUGCCACUACCACAUUCCCGUCUUUUAAGUCUGGCAUGUACCGGGCACCUGCCAAUGACAGUGGUCACGCUCCCAAGGAAAACGAUUGUGGAAAACCAAAGCUAGUGUCACAGCCACUGACGGAAUUAUUAGGGCAUUCUUCUUUGGAGUUACAGGUACACUGGAUGCACCUGCAUACAAGGGACUUUUCUUUGUUUUUCAGUGAUUUCCUCCAAAGUAGCUGCACUGAUAUCUGUGUGGGUUGCUGGUUUGUCCUCGUUCAUAGGGCUGUGGUCACUUCACACAUGGCGGGCCUCUAAGAGCACGAGAACGUUUAAUUUGGACAAGAACAACAACAGGAAAAAAUAGAGAAGAAAAUGAGUAGGGAAAAGAACUAGCCGAGAAAGAAUGAAUUUCUUUAUCUCUUAACGUUUAUGUCUUCUUCAAGAAUCUUGUCUUUGGUUGAUUUUGGAUCCUCGUAAAUAUGGCCUUAUUUUGUAAGCAUUACCUUCCCAGGAAUCUCUGUGGCAUAUCGAUUUUCUAGAACCACUUGAUUAACUGUAAAAUUAUGUGCGUGUGUGCAUAUAUAUACACUCACACAUGCUCAUAUGUAUAGUUUUAUACAUGCAUAGAUAAACACAUACACACAAAGAACCACUACUUCGUAAUGUUGUACAAUUUAUUUUAUAUCUCUACAUUUUUUGUUACUGUAGCAUCUGGCCAGUUUAAUACAUUUUACAUAGAUAAAAGAUAAAUUCUGUACAUUAAGGCAACCGAAUGACAAUUAUUGAACUGCCAUGAAAAUAUUAAACUGUGGUGUAGUUACAUAUGUAAUUAAUGUUUGGUAGGCAGAAUCAUGGCCCCCGCUUCCUACAGAGAUGUUACAUCCUAAUCCCCCAAACCUGUGACUAUAUUGGGUUGAAUGGCAAAGGAGAAGAAGGAUGCGGGUAGAAUUAAGGUACUAAUCCACUAACCUCGAAAAAGGGAGAUUAUUCUAGGUUCAACCAGUAUAAUCCCAAGGGUCCUUAAAAGUAGAAGAGGGACUUGGACGAGUGUCAGAGUCAGAGGGAAAUGAGGAAUCCGGAAGCACAGUCAGAAGGAGAUGCAACAUGGCUGGUGCUGAAGAUGCAAGAAGGAGCCAUGAGCCAAGGAAUAAGGUAGCUGGAAGCUGGAAAAAGCAGGGGCACAGAUUCCCGCCUGGGGCUUCCAGGGAGGAGCUCAGCCUGCCAGGGCCUGGGUUUCAGCCCCGUAAGACCUGCGUUGGACCUCUGACCUCCAGAACUGUGAGAUAGUGAAUUUGUGUUGUUUAAGUCACUAGGUUUAUGGUAAUAUGUUACAGCAACUAAUUCCUGGUCAUCUUUAUUUUGGAAAUACUUUUCUCGUUUAUUUUGGUAGUCUUUAUUUUGGAGGUACUUUGCUAGUCUGUUGUGAAUUUUAAUAAAUACAAAAUAACUUUUAAAA